AUGCUGCGACUCGGUACACUUUUCCUCCGCAAUCCAGCCCCUUUUGCCCUUGGACCUACGCUGAUCCGCUUCCCGCCUUCCUGUUUCCCCCCCUACCUUCGCACCCGCUCCAUACCUCCUCCACGGCCUACCCUUCCCACCCUCAAGGACCAUGCCGCCAUCUUCGAGGGCCGCAGCACCAGCGACCUGCUGCGCGCGCUGCUCGUACUGCGCCUGUGCGCCACAACGCCCUUCGUGACGCACUCCGAAGCCCUGCUGGACUCGGCUCGCAGCCUGCUGGGCGACCGAAUCGCCAUGAGCGCCGUACAGGAGUCCUUCUACAAGCACUUCUGCGCCGGCAAGGAGCCCGCAGACGUGUGGGCGCGAAUGAACGCCCUGCGCGCCCACGGCAUCGGUGCCAUCCUCGACUAUGCGGAGGAAGAAGACCUGCUGAAGCACUGCAAGCCACGGCAGCAGGAGCAGGAGCAGGGGGUAACGGCGGCAGUUGCAGCGGCGAAGGAGGUGGAGGCGGGUGGUGGCGGUGCGGAGGCGCGCGCGAAGGGCAAGGGCCGCUAUGCGGUCAUCACGGCCCGGCAGCCACUGGGUGGCGAGACGAUCAUUCAGUCGCGGGUGGCAGCUCGGACGUAUGACCACUCGGGUGAGGACGACGAAUGCGAGCGGCACGCCACGGCCUUCCUGUCCGCCAUCGACACCGCCGCCACCCUGCCCGGUCAGGGCUUUGCCGCCAUCAAGCUCACUGCCCUGGGGGACCCGGGCCUGCUGGAGCACCUGGCGGCGGCGGUGGGCAGUGUGAGGGAGCUGUUCCAGACCUACGACCUGGACGGAGACGGCUACAUCACACAGGCCGAGUUUGAGGAGUGCUUCCAGAAGGUGGCGGCGGAGCAGGGCAGUACCUCCUCCGUGGAUGAGCGCAGUGAGUUGUGGCGGUGGCUGGACCCCGAGCAGCAGGGCCGCAUUGACUACAUCAGCUGGACGCAAAGAUUGAAUCUGGCCCACAUGCCCGAGCUGGCGGCCUCCCUGGAGCAGCAGGCCAGGGCAACCGGUCCUGGUCGGCCCUGGGAGCUGUCCCCCUCGGAGCGGGUGCAGCUGCAGGGGCUGCUGCGGCGGCUGGAGAGGCUCGUGGAGAGGGCGGUUAGCAAGGGCGUGAAGCUGAUGAUCGAUGCGGAGCAGAGCAGUUUGCGUCCCGCCAUUGACCACAUCGCCCACGAGCUGAUGCGGCGCCACAACACCGCUGCUGGUGGCGCCAGCGGCCCGGGGGAGGCGGUCAUAUUCGUCACGUACCAGGCCUACCUGAGGGACGCGCAGCAGCGGCUGGCGGAUGACCUGGACCGGGCCAGGAGGGAGAGAUACACGCUGGGGGCCAAACUGGUCCGCGGCGCGUAUCUGCACCUAGAGCGGCGCCGCGCUGCGGAGGCGGGUGUCCCCUCUCCCGUGUGGGACCACAUCGAGCAGACCCACGCGUCCUUUGACGGCUGUCUGGAGGUGCUGCUGGGCGCCGUGAAGGCGGGUCGUGCGGAGGUGAUGAUGGGGUCUCAUAACCAGGCCAGCGUAGAGGCGGCGGUGGCGGCCAUGAGUAAGCUGGGUCUGGAACCCGAGGAUGCUCCCGUGUACUUCGGACAGCUGAUGGGUAUGGCGGACAACUUGAGCUUCACACUGGGCCACCACGGGUAUAAGGUCUUCAAGUACUGCCCGUACGGCAGUGUUGAGAAGGUGAUUCCGUACCUGCUCCGCCGCGUCAACGAGAACCAGUACAUCCUCAAGGGCGGCAAACAGGAUGUGGCACUGCUGUGGGCGGAGCUGUGGCGGCGAGCCCUCCACGACCCCAACCAAUCCCCUCUGGCGCGCGUCCUGGCGCCCUUGCAGUCCAGCUCCUCCUCCUCUGUGGCCUGA